AUGGCAGAUCUGUUUUCCAUCCCUUUUAAACGCACUUUGCAGUUUAGUUUAAAGGAUGCUAUAAGUCAAGUUAUUGAUAGCAAAUUUUAUCAAACCGCCGCAUCGGUAACGAAUGAUUUGAUCUUGCUCGAAAAGUAUAGAGAUAUUUUAUCCCAUCUCGAUGUCUCUAAUGAAGAUCUACAAGAGCUAAUAAAGUACUACUUAUCUCUUAAGGCAAUCUCUGUGAAACUUCCGGAUGAUCAAAUUGAAUUUACCUGGUUUAAUACCCUUGGGUUGAAAUCAUCUGGUUUGACCAGAAAUAGCCUUAAAUUUGAAAUAUUAAACGUUCUAUACAACAUCGGUGCAAUGUAUUCCCUACUUUCUGUUUCAAAUAACCUGUCCUCAAAUGAUGGGCUGAAAGAAAGUUGUCGACUUUUCAAACUAGCAGCGGGUUGCUUUCAACGCAUAUAUGACGAAGAAGUUAAAACAGGGUUUACGUUCUUUGACGAGAACACUCUUCAAAGCCUUAUCCAUUUGAUGUUAGCUGAAGCACAAGAAAUGGUCUGGAAAAAAGCCUAUUUUGAUGAUAAAGAGAGGCAUUCCAUCCUUUCCCGCUUGGCUCUUCAAGUUUCUAUUUUCUAUGAAGAUGCCUCUAGAUAUGCCAAUCGGAGUCCCCUAAUAAGAACUGAUUGGAUCAAAGGCAUGUCAUUCAAGUCAAAGUAUUACACAGCGGUAUCCUACUAUAGAUCAGCACUCUUGCAAUUAGAGAAACAAAAUUUUGCUCAAGCUAUUUGUGAUCUAACUUAUGCAUUAAGCAUUUUAAAGAAGAUGACUCUAAACGACAGUCUCGUCGAGUGGAAAAUAGAUAUGCAAAAUCUUCUUGAAACAACAGAGAGAGAUAAUGACUUAAUAUAUCUCCAAGCCUCGGUUCAAAAAGUUUCUCCAAUAAAGCCUGCUGUUAUAGUGCAACCUGAAUUUUUUAAAGAAAUUGACAUGAAGGACAAUGAAAUGUUCAAAAACCUAUUACCUGUAGAUGUUAUAGAGUCGUGCAGUGCUUUCAGUGAGAGGGUUGAAAAUUAUGUGAAUGAAAAUAUCACCAAUCCUUUGAAAGCAAUGAACAAAAUAUUACUUGAAAAUAUCUCUUUUUCUGGGGUCUUUGAGUCUAUGUAUAUCACUGAGCAAGAGUGGGAUUCGUAUGAAGCUUCUUUGAAAGACUUGAAUGAAAUAAGAAAUUAUAUUACGAGCAAACUGAAGUCUUUAAGAAAUACUAUAAACCAUGAAAUCGAUGAGAACGAAGAGAUGAUUCGUAAACAUGGUCAAAUAAGGUGGAAAGUAGAAUCCAUUGAUGAUGGGAUACGUGGAUAUUUAUCCGAUUUGGAAAGGAUUGAAAACUACGCCUUAGAUGGACAAAGAAUAGACACUGAAACUGAGCAUUUAUUUGGAACAUUGGAUCAUGAUCUUGUUACAAACGUUACAAAAGCUCCAGAAUCUAAUAACCCUGUACUUAAGGAGGUGUUUUCGUUACUGAAACAAAGAAAAGAGCACAUAAGAGUAGCAGAAAGGAAAAUAAUUGAAAACAAACUACUCCCCAAAAUUAUUUCCUAUUACAAGAAGACUGGAUCUAUUGAUUUUGAGCCUGUAUAUCAAGACUAUAUUCGGGUUUUUGAUGAAGACUUAAACACCGUCCAAAAAGAGAAAGCAAAAAAUAUAGAGAUUUUAUCCCAGAUAUCCAAUGGUGUUCAACAACAAGCAAAAGUUUCGAGAGUUGAUCCAUUGACCUUAUAUAUGGAAGAACUCAAGCAUUCGACUAGAAUUUUGUCCGAUGUUAAACAGAAUAUAACUUCAGGUAAAAAAUUUUAUGAUGAUCUAGUAAAAGCCAUCCAAGCUAAAGAGGAAAGGAUAAAUGACUAUAUUAUUAAACGUAAAAAUGAAAGGGAAACUAUGAAUCGUGUAUUAGAGGAGAAAAUGGGAUAG